GAAACGUCUCUUGCCACCCUUUCUCUUCUGCUAAGUAAGGCUUAAAAUUAGGAAGCAACCUUUAAAAGGCAAAAGAGGAAAUAGAUGAGUGAGAACACAAAGGAAACUUGGACAAGUAGAAAGUGGAUGACCCAGGCUCCGUUACCUAUACUUGGAUUCCAGCUGGGACCUAGAUUUGCUGAGGACGGAAGCCAAGGAGACAGGAACAUGUGGCUGCUCCCAGCUCUACUCCUUCUCUGCCUCUCAGGCUGUUUGUCUCUGACGGGCCCCGGCUCUGUGACUGGCACUGCGGGGGGCUCUCUGACAGUGUGGUGUCAGUAUGAGAGCAUGUACAAGGGAUAUAACAAGUACUGGUGCCGAGGACAGUACGACACGUCAUGUGAGAGCAUUGUGGAGACCAAGGGAGAAGAGAAGCUGGAGAGGAAUGGCCGCGUGUCCAUCAGAGACCACCCGGAGGCUCUCGCCUUCACUGUGACCAUGCAGAACCUCAAUGAAGAUGAUGCUGGAUCUUACUGGUGCAAAAUUCAGACAGUGUGGGUCCUGGAUUCAUGGUCACGCGAUCCCUCGGACCUGGUUAGGGUGUAUGUUUCCCCAGCAAUUACAACCCCAAGGAGGACCACACAUCCGGCCACACCUCCCAUCUUCCUGGUGGUGAACCCUGGGCGAAACCUCAGCACGGGGGAGGUGUUGACCCAAAAUUCAGGGUUCCGGCUCAGCAGCCCUCACUUCCUGCUCGUGGUCCUUCUGAAGCUGCCCCUGCUCCUGAGCAUGCUGGGUGCUGUCUUCUGGGUGAACAGGCCUUAGUGGGCUCCUGCCGGAAGAUACAGCCAGGCUGACCCGAAGCCCUGCAGAGCCCCAUCCCCAGGAGUGCCCCGUGCAGGGAGUCAACCUUUCAGACUGGAUGCGAGAGACCUGUGGACUCUGGAGGGAUUUAUUGUUCCUGUGCCUCAAAGGAGGGUCCUGGCUCUUAGAGGACACUCCUCUGGAGUCCUCAUUGUGCAGCUUGGGGGUCCUCCUUUCUCCUCCCCAGUCCCCUGCCUCCCUGCCCUCAUGCCCACUUCCCAAGGGCAAGAAUUCCCUGGAAGUUGGCCGGGCACCAUAGCGAGUGCCUAUAAUCCCAGCUCAGGAGGCUGAGGCGGGAGGAUCGGUUGAAGCUAAGAGUUCCAGGCCAGCCUGGGCAACAUAGAGAGACCCUGUCUCAGAGAGAGAGAGAGAGAGAGAGAGAGAGAGAGAGAGAGAGAGAGAAGGACGGAGGAAGGGAGGGAAAAAAUUUUCUGGAGGAGCCUGGCCCUUCAUUCUUCUUGGUACAAAUGCUUCUCAGGCCAGUUUCCCCCAGGGCAAUAACUACCUCCUUCCUGCAGACAGGAGGCUCCCUGAGGACACACCCCUCACAGCCCCAGCCUUUAGGCUCACAGAGCUCCAUCCCUUCUCUGGGACAACCCCAAGGGAGCUUGGUCCCGGCAGAGCUUGCUCAUGCAGUUGCCCAGUGUCCCACAUGCUCAGGGCUCCUCUCGUCUUCUGACGCCCCUUGGGUCUCCCUGGCUUUAAGGCCCCUUCUCUCCCUGUAACCAGGCAGUGUGUGGCUGGGCUCAGAACAUCUCUGCCUAGGUGGCCCAUGGAUGAGCUGCUCCAGGUUAAAGUUCUGGGGCGAGUUGAAACAGUAAAGGGAGAAGGAGCUGGUGGGUGCCUCUGAUAUCACUCCUGGAAUUCCCCCACCUGGAGGUGUCCAAUGCACAAGGUCAACAGAGUCAGUUCUGUCCACUUUAGAAGUCUGGUUGAGACCACCUGAUAGCAAUUAACCUUUUCCACAGGCGGAGCAGACAUCGUUUUUCAAAGACAGGAUGGAGGGCACAGAGGUGAAGGAUACUUGUCCACACUUGAAGUGCACAGUGCCAUCACCACUACUGGUGACCCCUGGCUCAGGAAUGAGCUCAGUUGGUUUUCUGAAUGUUUGUCAAUUACUCUGUUUCCCUAAAGUUUGUGGGGAGGACUCCCACAGUCUGCCACAAGCAAGCAUCACCAUCUCCACUUGCUACCUACAUCUGGACCAGUGCUCUCCCUCUGCCCCCAGGCCUGAGCUCAUCCUGAGCUAGUGAUGCCAGUGUCCAGAGCACAUGGAGUGACCCUCUGAGUGCCGAGUGCUCAGGCAGAGCUGCCGUGCUCUGAACUCGAGCUCUGGUGGGGCUCCCAGCUCCAUCAUGCAUGGUGACUCGGGGAAAGAUGGGGCUGGCCCAGGACUCAUGCUGAAAGAGAAAUUCAAUCUAACAAGGCCCCUAUUAAUUAUAUUAACCCAGGAAAUAUGAUGAUGAGCAAGAAAGGAGCUUAUGAUUCAUUUUAUGAGAAGGAUAAGCUGGGGGAUGAUUGUCCCAGACAAUGGUAGGGAAGAGUCAUAGAGCAUGGUGGAUACCAGGACCUUCAGGAGCUACGUUACCCUUACCAUGUGUGCAGAGUGCAUGUGAGGGAGGAGUGAGAUAUGGGGCUGGAGCCUCAGUCUGAAAGGGCUUCAUGGCAGACCAAGAAGUUUGAAUUGUGUUCUGGAGGCCAUAGGGAGCCCCUGGAGGUUUUAAUUUUUGAAACUUUUAUUUUGAAAUGAUUAUAGGCUUAACAUUGCAAAUAUGACAUAGAGUCCUGUGAAUCCUUCAUCUAGUGUCCUUCAAUGGUGAUGUAUUAUAUAACUGUAGGACAAGACCCAAACCAGGAAACCGGCAUUGUUACAAUACUGUUAGCUAGACUGCAGACUUUGUUCAGUUUUCACCGUUUUUAACAUACAUUGGUUUAUGGAUGUGUUUGUGUAGAGUUCCAUGCAAUUUUACAGAUCCAGAUAACUACCACCCCAGUCAAAAUACAGAACCAAUCCAUCAUCACAAGGAUCUCCCUCAUGCUGUCCCUUGUAUUUGCACCCCUAUCCCAUUCCUGUCCCCUGGAAACCACUAAUCUGUUCUCCAUCUCUACAGUGUUGUCCUUUUGAGGACAAAUGAAAUUAUGCAGUAUGUAA